AUGUCCCGGCACAGGAACGUCCGAGGCUAUAACUACGAUGAAGAUUUUGAAGAUGAUGAUGUGUAUGGCCAAUCAGUAGAAGAUGAUUAUUGCAUUUCUCCAUCAACAGCAGCUCAGUUUAUCUACUCCAGACGAGACAAACCAACAGCAUUUGCUGAGCCAUUAGAAGAAGAAUAUGGCUAUGAAGGUACAGAUGACACUGCUGAUUGUUUUACAUCUGGUCAUCAGUUGACCAAAGUUGAUAGAGCUCGUCUUAAUUCAUGCCUUGAUCAAAUGAAAGAAGUUUUGGCAGAAUCUAUACCAGAGCAAACAAUGGUGCAAGCAGUACUGGAUAGUAAUUUUGAUGUACAGAAGGCUUUGGAUAUUGUGCUUUCAGAAGGCAGUAAGCAAAAUGUCAAGACCAAGAAUGAGGAUGCUCUGAUUGUAGGAAAGACGACAAAAGGAGACUUACUUUGUUGUCCAGAAAUGCGUACUGAUGCAGACAAUUUCUCAUGUGCUGUAGAAAAUGUUGCUGAUGAUACCAACAAAUCUGAGUUUGAAAACUUGACAGUCAAAAGCGAUUCAGUUUGUUGCUCUUCAAUUAGAAAUGACAAAAUGGUCCUUAAUGCUAAAAAAUCCAAUAUACCUUCACCUGAAGGGAAAGGAAAAACAAGGGAUUCCCAAUCAGCCAGAAUGGAAUCUGAAAUUGUGCCAAAAAUUGCCAAAAUGACAGUGUCUGGAAAGAAACAGUCUAUGGGAUUUGAAGUUCCAUGCAUGACUGCUGAAGAAAAUGGCCACGUUAACACACCUCAAAAAGGAUCGUUAACUGAAGGUGCCAGCGUAGCUUCUGGGUUACUUGAAGCAGUCUCACAAUCUUGUCUUUCACCUCAAGUAAUGCAGGUUUCAGAAGAGCAGAAUGUAGUGUCUACUCCAGUAAAAAAGUCAAGCAAGACAAAACAGCAAAUAGAUGUGAAAGCAGAGUUGGAGAAGAGACAAGGAGGGAAGCAACUACUUAAUUUGGUGGUAAUAGGACAUGUUGAUGCAGGUAAAAGUACUUUAAUGGGUCAUCUACUCUAUCUCUUGGGAAAUGUGAACAAAAGAACUAUGCACAAAUAUGAACAGGAAUCGAAGAAAGCUGGCAAAGCUUCAUUUGCCUAUGCAUGGGUCUUGGAUGAAACUGGUGAAGAAAGAGAAAGGGGAGUGACGAUGGAUGUGGGUAUGACCAAAUUUGAGACAAAGACUAAAGUAAUUACACUGAUGGAUGCUCCAGGCCACAAAGACUUCAUUCCGAAUAUGAUCACAGGAGCUGCACAGGCUGAUGUGGCUAUUUUGGUUGUGGAUGCUAGCAGGGGAGAGUUUGAAGCCGGCUUUGAAACAGGUGGCCAAACUCGAGAACAUGGCUUAUUGGUGCGCUCUCUUGGAGUGACACAGCUGGCUGUUGCAGUCAAUAAAAUGGACCAGGUCAAUUGGCAACAGGAAAGAUUCCAGGAAAUUACCAGUAAGCUUGGCCAGUUUCUUAAACAAGCUGGCUUUAAGGAAUCAGAUGUGUCUUAUAUUCCAACGAGUGGCCUUGGUGGUGAAAAUCUGGUCACAAGGGGUCAGUCAAGUGACCUCACACAGUGGUAUAAAGGAAAGUGUUUGUUAGAGCAAAUUGAUUGUUUCAAGCCACCACAGAGAUCAGUGGAUAAACCAUUUAGAUUGUGUGUUGCUGAUGUAUUUAAAGACCAAGGAUCAGGAUUCUGUGUGACUGGUAAAAUAGAUGCAGGCUACAUUCAAGUUGGAGAACGGCUUCUGGCAAUGCCUCCCAAUGAAACUUGCACUGCAAAAGGAAUCACACUGCACGAUGAACCAGUUGAUUGGGCUGCAGCGGGAGAUCAUGUUAGUCUCACUUUGACCGGCAUGGAUAUCAUCAAAAUCAAUGUUGGCUGUGUGUUUUGUGAUCCCAAGGAACCCAUUAAAGUUUGCACUCGUUUUAGAGCUCGGGUUCUCAUCUUCAAUAUUGAAGUUCCAAUCACUAAAGGAUUUCCUGUGCUUUUACACUAUCAAACUGUAAGUGAACCUGCUACUAUUAAAAGACUGUUGAGUGUCCUGCAUAAAAGCACUGGUGAAGUGACAAAGAAAAAGCCUAAGUUAUUGACUAAAGGACAGAAUGCUCUAAUAGAACUACAAACUCAAAGACCUGUUGCUCUAGAAUUGUAUAAAGAUUUUAAAGAGCUUGGAAGGUUUAUGUUACGUUAUAGUGGUUCCACUAUUGCUGCAGGAGUUGUCACAGAGAUAAAAGAAUGACAGUGAUGCCAGAACUUCCACCGUCCAACCAAAAUGCAGAUAUCCAAACUUCUGUUUUAAGGAUUUGGUUACUUCAGCUGAAGGAAGAAAUGCAAUUAAUUGGGGAGGAGAUAAUAAUGACUAAAGUUAAAUCACGUGAGAUGUCUGGGGAGCCCUUCAUCAGUCUCUCCGACUGCAGAACAAGAUGCCAACUGACAAGGAACUGCUAAUGUUGCACUUCUUGUUCUCAAGAAUCUCCAUGUGUUUUCUCCAUGUGAAAUUUAGCCCGUAGAGAGCUUGAUGGAAAAGUGUUGCAGAGUUGAAUUAGAGAAAAGGAUAAUGAGUCAUCAUGAAAAAAGUUCCUUACUUCCAGACAUAAAUUGUUUACGUAUUUUCUUUGAUUUGCUUUUUUGCUGCACAUUAAUUCAGUGAAGUAACUUUAUUGGCCUAAUAUAUUUUUAGGUUUGAGCUGAAUGCAUAUUCAGGGGAAAAAAAGAACACGUUACUUUGGUUUCAAGAAAAUGGUAUGUAGUAUUUUCCUGGGAUUGUUUUCCCUCUUCCCAAACUUACUUAAAAGAAUAAAAAAGAAGUUUUCUUUUGCUGUGUAGUGAAAGCUGUGCCAACAUUGGCUAAUUUUAUUUUAUGAACUGUAAGAAUAAUAAAAUG